CAGGAGCUCCUGCCUUGCGCCCUGCGCCCUGCUGCCCUAGCGCGCUCUAACCCGACGCCCAGCCUCUGCUGAAGCAGGGCCCGCACGCACGCCCGGGGAAAGAGUCGGUGGGACCCGCCGAGGAGCAGAGAUGGGGAAGAAGCUGGACCUUUCCAAGCUCACGGAUGAAGAGGCCAGGCACGUCUGGGAAGUCGUGCAGCGGGACUUUGAGCUCAGGCGGAAGGAAGAGGAAAGGCUGGAGGAGUUGAAGGGCAAGAUAAGGAAGGGGAGCCCCCAGAGGGGGCUGGGGCCCGACGCGGCCCCCCUGAACGAGACCCACUGCGCCCACUGCCUGCGGCCCUACCGGCUCCUCGCGGCCCCCAAACGGCGAUGCCGGGGCUGCCGCCUCUUCGCCUGCCAGGGCUGCAGCCACGCGCACCCCGAGGAGGGCUGGCUCUGCCACCCUUGCCACCUGGCCAGAGUCGUGAAGAUGGGCUCGCUGGAGUGGUACUACGGGCACGUGAGGGCCCGCUUCAAGCGGUUCGGGAGCGCCAAAGUGAUCCGGUCCCUCUGCGCGCGCCUGCCGGGCGGAGGCGGGCCGGAGCCAAGCCCUGGAGAGAGAAGUGGAGACAGCGCGCCGUCGGACGCCGACGGAGAGCGGGACGCAGCGGGCCAGGCCCGGCCGCUCAGCAGCGGCCCCGUGCCCUCCAGGAAAAAGCGCCUCCUCCCCAUUCACGGCUCGGACUUCGAGGCCGACUCCGACGACUCCGCUGGGCCUGGCGGCGGCCCCCCAGGCCUGUCCUCAGCCCCAGCGGCCCUGGACAGCCUGCCGGUGCCGUGCGCUCAGGCCCUCGCGGACGAGUCCUGCCCGGAGGGGGCUGACGCCAGGGCCCCCGGGCGCCGCCCGUGUGCAGAAAUGCAGACGGACAGUCCCUCGCCUGCCGAAUGGGACGGCCCCGCUGAGCUCUGCCCGCCAGGAGCGCCCAGCACAGCAGCCCUGGGGACAGCCGCCUCUCCAGGGGCCAGCGGCACCGGGAGCGAGCAGCCACCCGCACCGCUCCUGGCGGACAAGGACGCGGGCAACGGGGACCCCUCCGACAGAGAGCGCGGCCAGGCCCACAGGGCGGCCUCCUGGCAGAGUGGCCGGGCUUCGUCCGAAAGCCAGUGUCCAGGUGCCCGUGAGCCCAUGGACGCGGACGUGGAGGAGGAGACCCUCAAGAGAAAGCUGGAGGAGCUGACCAGCUUCGUCAGCGACCCCGGGGCCUCAUCCGAGGACGAGGGCGCGGGCGAAGGGGCGGAGCCGGCCGAGGGCACCUCCUUGGAGCGCGGCCCCAGGACGACCCCGGAGAUGUGCACAUCUGCAGGGCAGAUGCAGAGACGGGAAGAGAGCCCCCCGGUCCCUCUGGACCCCGCGCAGACCGCCAGGACCCCGGCCGAGGCGCUGGCGGAGCUGGAAGACCGGGUGGCCCGGACGGCCUCCGAGGUUCAGCAGGCGGAGAGCGAGGUGUCGGACAUUGAGUCCAGGAUCGCGGCCUUGCAGGCUGCGGGGCUCACGGUGAGGCCCGCGGGAAGGCCCCGGAGGAGGUCGAAGCUCCCGGUGCUCCUCCCCCGACUGGCCCGGACGCUGGACCCCGAGCGCCCGCCUGCAGGCCCUGCAGAUGCGGCCGAGGUCAUGGCUGGGCCCUCCCUUCUGAGGGGGAAGUUCAGCAGCUCCCCUGAAGGUCCAGGCGAAGACGAGUCCUUCGACCGGAGGUCCGUGUACCGCGGGUCCCUGACGCAGAGAAACCCCGACGGCAGGAGGGGGGCCGCCCGCCACAGCUUUGCGAAGCCUGUGAUGGUCCACCGGCCCUGAGGGACAGAGCCUCAUCUGAGCUGGACAGAGCAGCCCAGCAGCCGCCUCGCUUUCCUCCCCGGCGGACAUCGCGCCCCCGCCCCGCCCUCGGCCCUCUGCCCCGCAGCUGCGCACGCGCAUGCUUUGCCAGCUUCCCGCGCCGCCCCGGCCCGCCUGCUCUGACCCACGAGGAGCAUCCAAGCUCUGCCUUUCCCUGAGGACACUGUUGUUUAGACUUUUGGAUGGACACACGGAAGACCCCUUCGGCAUGCCCUUCCGCUGCUGCCUGUCUUAUGUUGCUCUCCUGAGUGGGACGGAAAGGGAGGACGGCCACGCGCCAGCCGCCGCGUGUUCGUGACGGGGCGCCGGGGCGGGGGUGGCUUCUGCCUGGGUGAGAGCGGAGGAGGAAAUCGGGCGCGAGAGGAGCAACUGAACUCGGGGCCAGCUGAGUAACGGGAGAGGAACGGCGCCCCGCCCCCUCCCCCACACGUACCUGUUCUGCCUUUUUUCUCUGUUUUCUUUCUUUGCAUGCCUUAAAUUCUUUCCAAAUGUAUGUGAAUUGCUUUUAUAAUAAAAAUCAACAUUUUUGUUU